CGCACACAGAGCGGCGCUGUUCGACAGCAAAAUACAUCUCUAACCAUUUAACUGCGUCCAUGACACUUCUCCAGGGGAGACGAAGCACUGCAAAUCCCGCAUUAUAUCACUUGCGCGAACCGCUGCAUUUGCUGAAGCCGUACUGAGUAAGAUCAAUAUUAAAUUUGGCCAAAUUAAAUAUUUCGCCGUGUUGUGUUUAAGCAGUUGUAUUUGGCAAAUGCAAUACAUUUCUGUUACGACUGGAUUUUCGGUGGUACCUUUGAAAUGGAGUGUCGUUUUCCUCGGUUCACCGAGAGGUACGUCUCUAUUGUCUUCCUUUUAUCGUAUGUUUUGAAUCCAGCGUUUUCUGUCACGCACUACGCUGUUCCAGAAGAAAUGAAGGAAGGGUCGGUAGUUGCAAAUGUGGCCGCCGAUUUGGGACUGGAUGUGAACAGUUUGGCUGAGCGCAACGUGCGGCUUGAUGUCGUCGCCAAUAAGAAAUAUCUGGAAAUCAACAGAGAAACAGGAGAUCUGUACAUUGCGGAGAAAAUUGACCGGGAAUACCUCUGCUUGAGCAAGAGUUCAUGUUUCCUUAAAAUAGAUGUAAUAAUCGACAAUCCUCUGCGCAUAUUUAAUAUCGACUUGGAAAUAUUAGAUAUCAAUGAUAAUGCGCCGCGGUUUCGAAGGGAAAGAACGGAGCUUGAUGUUUCCGAAUCUGCAUCACCGGGAGAAAGGUUCUCUCUAAACAAUGCUGUGGAUACAGAUGUCGGCUCAAACACGGUUAGGACGUACCAGCUGAGCGAGAGCGAGCACUUUACAAUCGAAGUUCAGACUGGACGGGACGGAUCCAAAUUUGUAGAUUUGAUUCUGAAGAAGGAUCUGGACCGGGAGGAGCGCGCUCUACAUAAUCUAACCCUCACCGCUGUGGAUGGCGGAGUCCCCGCGCGCUCCGGCACCGCCAGCAUCAUUGUUCGCGUGCUGGAUGUGAACGACAACGCCCCUCGGUUUGAGCAGGACGCCUACACUGUAAAUAUAACCGAAAAUUCCCCCAUUGGAAGUUUUGUCAUUAAAUUACAUGCAGUUGAUUUGGACGAGGGCACCAAUUCCCAAAUAAAAUAUUCAUUCAGUCUGUACACUUCGGAAAAAACCCAGAAGAUGUUCGAUCUAAAUUCAGAAAACGGAGAAAUUAGAAUCAAAGAAAUGAUUAAUUACGAAGAGUUUAUUAUAUAUGAAAUGGAUAUAGAAGCAAAAGACCAGGGUCACAAGCCAUUAUCGGGACAAUGUAAAUUAACGAUUUUUGUUGUUGAUGUGAAUGACAAUCAUCCAGAACUUUCUAUAAAAUCUUUUCAAACACCUAUUAAAGAGGAUGUUGCAGUAAACACGGUAAUUGCUGUUGUAAGUGUGAGCGAUAAAGACUCCGGUGAAAAUGGAAUAGUGGAUUUAAAUAUUUCAAAAUUAUUACCGUUUGAACUGAAGAAAUCGUCCGAGAACUAUUACGAGCUGGUUAUUUCAGAACCACUGGAUCGCGAAAAAGUUCCAGAAUAUGAAAUCAUUUUUAUUGUCACUGACAGAGGUAUACCUCCAUUGUCAGAUAAUGAAACAAUUACAUUAGAGCUUCUCGAUAUUAAUGAUAACGCACCACUGUUUUCGAAGUCUUUCUACACUAUUCCUGUGUUGGAAAACAAUGCUCCAGGUUCGUUGCUCAGUUCGCUAUCUGCGUUUGAUCCAGACCUCCAUGAAAACCAGUAUCUGGUUUAUUUCAUCAUAGAAAAGGAAAUAGUCAACACGUCCAUGUCUAUGCUGUUCUCUAUUAAUCCCGAAAAUGGUGAUCUUUACGCACUGAAAACCUUUGACUACGAGAGAGAAAAGGAGUUUCUGUUUCACAUCGAGGCCAGAGAUUCUGGUGUUCCUCCACUCAGCAGUAACGUGACUGUCCACAUCAUUAUCAUGGAUCAGAACGACAACACUCCUGUCAUAGUCUCUCCAUGGCGCUCGCACGGAUCUGUGGUUGAGGAAGUGAUUCCUCGAUCUAUUGAUAAAGGACACCUGGUGGCCAAAGUGAUCGCCAUUGAUGGAGACUCUGUGCACAAUUCUCGGAUUUCAUACCAGUUCCUGCAAGUCACAGAUGCAACGCUCUUCAGUCUGGACCAAUAUAAUGGAGAGAUCCGCACAAUGAGAAUGUUCAGUUACAGAGAUGCUCGUCACCAGCGCAUGGUCGUCAUGGCUAAAGACAAUGGAGAUCCUGCUCUCUCUUCCACAGUUACCAUCAAGAUAUCAACAGUGGAACAAGCUAUCAAACCUUAUUCUGAUACAAUGGAGGUUCCUCUGGAAUAUGACAUUUUCUCAGAUUUGAACCUUUAUCUGGUGAUCGGUUUGGGCUCUGUGUCAUUUCUAUUAUUAAUCACCAUUUUGGUGACUAUUGUACUGAAGUGUCAGAAACCAAAGCCCAUCAAAGCAGCUCCUCCAUGUAGGAGCAGCGUCAUCAGCCAGAGAAACUCUACUAUAGGAGAUUCCACACUGAUCUCCAGCGAUGCCUACUGGUACAGUUUAUUUCUAGCGGAGACGAGGAAAGGGAAGGUGGUGGUUAGACAGCCUAUACCGAAGGCUGGAUACAUAAUUUCCAGUAUACCAAGGAGCACAGGCCUGACUGAGACCAGUGAUUCAGCUGCCUCCACACUUCAGUACUCAAAAUGAAGGAAACCCCCUUCUGCUGCAGAAGGCCUCCACCACCACCAGCAGCAGCUCCACCUGAGGCAUCUUCAUACUCUUGCUGGAAUGAAUCCAGCGGUACUCCUUUUGCUGUGUCCCUGCUAUCCUGACGUCCAGUCCUUCCAACCUGGAAACACCGCUUACUUCUCUUAGACCUGCCAGCGAAUCCCAGCAAGCGACGUCUAUUGGUCCAACAUCACUGCCCCUGCCCCACUCCCCCAGGCAUGAUUCUGCAUGACUUUAGUGCCAGAAUAUUACCAUUGUCUCAGCAGAUGUGUGGUCAAUGGAGGGAAUCCCAUCUUCAGUAGUUCACUGGCCUUUUGUGAACAUCUGGACAUCUCGGUGGAGGAAAUGGACAUCAUGGUGAGAGAAAAAAACCGAUACGUAUCCAACUAUGUUUUUUUGCUUAUAUAAAGAUGUACACUUUGAAAUAGGAGAAAAGGGAAAUACUGUUGUUUUGUGCUGCAUGAUUUCUCUUAAUGUAGUUAUUGCAUCAUGGCUGAGUGUGUGGCAUAUGUUUUAGAGUCACUGUCCUUCAUCAGCAUAGAUUUAAAACAUUUCAAUAAAUUGAUGCAUAGCUGCUGCGUCAUGCAUUUGUACUACUACCCAUAAACCCCUGAGUGUGAAUGAGGGGUCAGCAGAAGGUCAGGCCAAUGUGCUUUGUGCUGUGCAGACCAAAAGAGGCCAACCCCCUUCCAUCCUCCUAGUCUUUCCUUGUUAAAAAUUUUUCCUCUUCUCCCUAUUACCCACAUUGCACGCUUAAGGUUGUUAGUGAAGUUGUGCUCAUAUUUCUAGUCUGUAACCAGUAGACUAUUAGUAGAAACUACAGUGACUAAACAUUUAAUUGUAACUGUUGUCAUGCAUUUAUUAAUGAUUCUCAUAUAAUGAUUAUGACUGAAGUAACCAUAAGUUGUGCACAAAAUGUGCAUUAUUCCUGUAUUUAUUGCAUAUGUUUUUCAAGAUACAUUGCUUAUACAGUUUUGUUUUGCUCAAGACAGUAGGUCUGCAGGUGCUCAGGCCUAUCAGGCCUCAUGGCUUCAGCAGCAUUUUUCCAGUGUUUUAUGGUUCUCUGACCCCAUCAAGCUGCCAAAAAUUUUGCACCCAUAAAAUCCAGAAGGUCGCAGUGAGGACACUGUUGUGUUUUCAGCAUAGAGAAGUUAUUCUAUCAUACUGCUCUCUUCUUGCUGUUCUAAAGGACUCCCUGCAUCCUUCCGUACUUUGGUUCUCUCCAGCACAUUCAACAUAUGCAGUAAGAAUGUGCUGUGAUUGGUUGUGAUGGAAUAAGGUGUACAUUUAAAGGAUGAAGUCAGCCUGACUUCAUUAAUGUUUGUGAAGAUGCUGCAAUUUUUUUAGGAAAACAAGCCUGUCUGUUUGGUAAAGCAUGCCACUGCCUUUGACUGCAGAUUUACUUAAUGUUUUCUUUACAUAGCUUUUGAAAAGGCCUGUUACAAAGCAAUCUUCCAAAUAUGACGUAUACAAAAAUUGUUGGCAUCAUUUUAUUUUUAUUCGUUUAAUAUAAUUUGCCUGUCUAUCAAAAGUAUUUGCUGUUUUACUUCAUUGUGACUUAAUGCUAUAUUAUUACAGAAAAAAAGACAAUAGAUGUACUAUGAAACUGACACAUACAAGCACUUAUACACUAAAUUGUUUUUGUAAGAUGUAUGGCUAUGAAACUGAUUUUGGUAAUCAUUUAUUAAUUAACAAUAUUAAUUUGGCAUCUGCAGUGUAUAAAGUUUUAGCAAAGCUUCUUGAAUUCUGUUGGUGGUGCAACACUUAUUCAAUAUGCUUUUUGUAUGCUGUGCAACUCAUAUUUUUGUGAACAUAUCAAUAGUGUACAACAGUAUUACAUAUUAUGCAUUAGUUUUUUGAAAAUUGCUUUUGUGUUAUUUGGACAUUUGUGUUUUCUGUCCAAAGUUGCCCCGAUUUGACUAGUGAACAUGGAUGAAAGGCUAUUCAUGUUCCACAUCAUAUCCAGCUGAACAGCUGAAUGUUCAGUAGCAGCAGCAUCAGCAGCAGUAAGGACAUUGUGAAAGAGGGUUCUGCUGCAAAUGAACGUGUGAACAGAGUAAUCUGCUCUGAUACAAGGUGCAUUGACAACUCUGCAUUUGUGAGGCUUCCUCUUCCCUGGCCACCACUGCUGUGGAUUUUUAAAUUUUUAAAUUUGAUGUUUUCCCCUUUUUUCUGCUAAGAUUUCUGGUGGUACACUCAGCUUUUAACCUCUUUUUCUAUUUAUAAUAACUGGUGCUGGCUGUUUAGGGUUUGCAUGUGUUGUAUAUCUUUGUGUUAUAUGUGUGGAUGGGUGUGGUUUUGUGGAUGUGUGAAUCACAAUUUGGACCAGAGCAAUUGUUAAAAAUUACUGUGCUUUGCAAUUCAAAUAGAAGAUAUUUAUAGAAGCACAAUACAUAACAAAAGACAUCUCUCCUUCCUUUAUACUUUUAGAUGUUUUCGGUACCUGUAUUUGUACUUGCCAAAAAAUCCUGCAUUUAAGUUAAAGCUACAAAAUCAACCUUUUUACAACUUACUGGAUCCAAAAGGGGGCCUCUUUUCCAGGAUACCUCUGCAGUAGCACUGGGGUCCAGUGAGAGUCAUCAUGCAUGUACGUAGCCUACCUUGAAGGUUCUAUGAUUUAAUAUCAGACACUAUGUAUGACUGAACUGAGGCCUUGGUGAGGAAAACCUUCAGUUCUGUCAUAUGUGGUCAUGUAAAAAGGUGACAUUAUAAGCUCCUGCUGAGACCAUGAAGCAAUGUUUACCACUGUCUGUGUUGUGCACUGCUAUAGAAGUUAUAGUGCUCUUUUUCGUGUUACAUGCUAAAAUUACUUUCAAGUUAUGUUUACUGAUAUGUUAGCAAGCAAUUUUCAAAUAACAGGAGGAAAAUGAGUGUGCAAGAACAAGAGAAGCAUGGGCCUUGUCAGAAAGGCAUAGAAAUAGGCCAGAGUAACAGAUUACUGAAUUGUAAGCUGAAGACUUGACCUUCUUAGUAUGGUCAGAGAAACCAGCAGUGUUCUCUGGAUUACUGCCCUUCUCUCUCCUUUGGGCUUGUGUAUUGCACCAUAUCCUUGGGAUGAUGGGUCAAUGACAUUUUCUUCCUGUUGAUGCGACUGUUCCCAGCAGAGGGAAUGGGGGGUCAUGGCCAGGAAUUUAUUACUGCUAAAGACUGAGAUAAGAGCAGCACCGAUCCUGUAACCAAGUAUUAAUUGUUAAUGUAAUUGAUGUAAAACGCCUGUUCAUGCUGACAUGUGAAUAAAUGCUUUUAUUUGACACUGCUCUCAUUCACUUUAUUGCUGUAGAAUGGGAGAUUUACUGUACAUUUCUGCUGCUUUUGGUUUUGAUAAAUUCAGAUUUUCUGGAUGAUGGAGACAGAUUCAUUCUAAAGAUAAUACAAGGAGAUAUUUAGCAUUACAACUGAGAAAUUCUCUGUAACCCAGCAAUGCAGCCAGAUUUUGUCUCGACAUAACACAGUGAGAUUUACUGUUAAUUCCAAACCACUGCCUGAGUUACCUGCCCCAGCCCAACAUAACAGAAGAACAAUGCGGAGCCCGAUUUACAUUCUUUCACCUAUAAUAAACCCCCACCAUACCAAAAACUCUAAAGCAAUUUUCUGUCUGCUCUCAGAACAUAAAUUUUCUGACACACUCAGAAAGUAGGCCACAGAUAUAAAUAGCAUUUGGUGCAUUGACUGGGUACAGAGUCUGCAGAAGAUGUUUAUUGCUAAGCAUGUUUUCAAAUAUUCUUUGAGCAUAAUGAGCAGAGAUUUGUAAAUAUGUGA